CAUGUUGACUGACUCUAACCAAAGAGCAUAAAAGCAAAGAGAUCAGGCUAUGUGGUAUGACUGGAUGUCACAACUAAAGAAAAAUAUAGGGAUAUAUUGAUGGAAACUGACCAAACUCCUUCAACUGCAGAAUCUUAUCUACGCGUGCUUACAAGUCACGUCAGUUGAUUUUCUGUUGGAGGCACAUCUCCCCCCGCCUCAGAGAACCUAAUCCGGUCCGACUGGGAAAAAUCUGCAACACGCUGCCGUGAUCGCACAGCGCUGCCAUGUCUUCCACACCGGUGUCGACUUGUCCUACAGUCCCACUUUCCAAUGGUCUGCAGAUGCCAAUAUUUGGAUUAGGCACGUCACAUUAUGGCGGAUACUGUCACGAUGCCAUUGUGUAUGCGCUCACUGAGUGUGGUGUCCGCCACAUUGACACAGCAACGCGGUACGGCUGUGAGGAGAAACUGGGUCAAGCCAUCAGAGAAAGUGGGAUACCGCGAAGUGAUCUGUGGCUCACCAAUAAACUGUGGCCUGUGGACUAUGGAUACAAAGCUGCAAAGAAGGCCUGCCUUGAAUCAUGCUCAAAGAUGGGGGUGGAAUAUUUCGAUCUGUACUUGAUGCACUGGCCCGGGUCAUUACGCCAGGGUUGCUCCAACAGGGAGCUCAGAGCUGAGACCUGGAGAGCUUUGGAGGAACUUUAUAAAGAAGGGGUGUGUCGGGCUAUUGGAGUGAGCAACUUUCUGGUCCACCACCUGGAACAGUUAAAGGAAGAUUGUAGUAUUGUUCCUCAUGUUAACCAGGUGGAGUACCAUCCUUUCCAGCAGCCCAAUAGUCUGAUAGAGUACUGUCGUCAGGAGGGAAUUGUGUUUGAAGGGUUCAGUCCUUUGGCCAAGGGUCAAGCCCUCAGCAACCCCGCUGUUCUCCAGAUAGCAGAAAAUUACAACCGCACGCCUGCUCAGAUCUGCAUCCGCUGGAGUAUUCAGAACGGAGUUGUCACGAUACCAAAAUCCACCAAAAAGCAGAGGAUACAAGAAAACUGUCAAGUGUUUGAGUUCCAGCUGGAGGAGUCGGACAUGGCCACUUUGGGAGGACUGCACGAUGAAAGACAUGUAACUUGGGAUCCAAAAGAUGUGGAGUAGUGAUAUGUGAAAAAAUACAGAGCGUGUUUGUCUUAGAACCGGUUUUACCAUUAACUGUUAUCUAAAGAAUGUUGAGAUUGUAUUAUCACUUCACCUGGCAGAAACCUGGAAGAAGAUGUGGUGCGACGUUGUGAAGCCCAUUCAUCUCUGCUCUGACACACAGAUGACACACAGACAUUUUUUCUAAUGCAAGAACAGCUAAACAUUAGAAUAGAAUAUAGAAUAAAAUUAAGACCAAAAUGAAGUCUGUACAAAUAUUUCAAAUAAAUGAUUACCUGUGCUGAAAUAAAGCUGUCACACUGAUGAGCUAA